GGUAGAGGGUCGCUACCGCGGCCGAUAGAGGAUUGAUCGUGCCGACGCGCAACGAGCUUCCUGCCGGAACGUUGUUAACGCACAUUGUUUCUACUGCAGCAAGGUAACACUUUCAAGUUUGUGUGCGCCAUUGGAUCUAAGGUGUCAUGGAUGGGAUAUUUGGAAGCGAUGAUUCAAGAGAAGCAUCGAGCGCAGGCUCCAGGAGCGCCUCACCGGCCUCCAGUGAGGGAUCACAGACUCCUGGGCAACAUUCCGAGGACGGUGAACAAAGCCAGCAUUCCGACGCCGAAGAGCGCUCGGAGAAAAGCUACCACUCAUCACCGCCGAGGAGCCCCGCGUCCGGCGACGAGUCAGGCUACGAGGACAAGGGUGAAGAAGCUUCGGGCGACGAGCGUCAGGAGUCCGGGGACGAGCGUCAGGAGUCGGGGGACGAACGUCAGGAGUCGGGGGACGAGCGCCGGGAGUCUGGCGACGAAGGCUCGGACGAAUCCCGUCAUGUGGACGACCACUCCGGUGACGAAGAGGCACCGGCCAGGACUCCUGCGCGAUCAGAGCGCCGGAGCGAUGCCUCCGACAACGAGGGCUCCGGCAGCGAGGUACACCGCUCUGACGAAGAGGACCGCCGCUCCGAUGAGGAGGAACACCACUCUGACGAAGAAAAUCGCCGCUCUGACGACGAGGACCGUCGGUCCGACGACGAAGAGCGCCGCUCAGAGGUGGCUGCAGAGCGGUCGGAAGCCUCCGGGGACGAAGGCAGCGCGAACGAAGCGAGCGCUAACGAAGGAGAAGCCAGCGCUAACGAGCGAGAAGCCAGCGCAAACGAGGCGAGUGGAGAUGAAGCCAGCCGGGGCGAGGCAAGCGGAGAUGAGGCCAGCCGAGGCGAGGCAAGCGGGGAUGAGGCCAGCCGGGGUGAGGCAAGCGGGGAUGAGGCCAGCCGGGCCGAGGCCAGCGGGGAUGAGGGUUCGGUUCAUUCCAACGAAGGCGAAGCUCGGGCAGCGUCAGGUUCCGACUCGGAUGCUGAAAGCACCAUAGGACGCAAGCGCCAGCGUUCAGGUGGCAGUGAAGCUGCGUCUGGUGCCUCUGCUGCAGAAGGUUCAGACGAUGAAGCAGUACCAGGCCGAAAGAGGGCACGGAUCUCAAGCACUGAAGACAAGGCCGAAGAGGCUGAGGUGGAGGCCCUCUUUGGUGAAGACCUGGAUGAUUUGAGCUCAGAUGAGGAGGGUGCUGCCAAGAAGAAAGGUGGCGAGACACCAGUCAAGCGCAUGGGCAGUGAUGAGGAACAAGAGCCUGAGGAGAAGCGAGCUGAACAACCUGAGGGUGAGGAAGAGGAGGUGCCAGUGCCAGAGACGCGUAUAGAUGUGGAAAUCCCGCGCAUUUUGACCAACCUCGGAAGUGAGGUCCACUUUGUCAAGCUGCCAAAUUUCCUCAGUGUUGACACCAGGCCUUAUGAUCCUCAGUGGUACGAGGAUGAAGUGGAUGAAGAUGAAGUGCUUGACGAAGAAGGUAGAGCACGACUCAAACUAAAGGUUGAAAACACAGUCCGAUGGCGCUACGUCUAUGACAAGAUGGGUAAUCCAGUGCGGCAGAGCAAUGCCCGGGUAAUCAAGUGGUCAGAUGGGAGCAUGUCGCUACACCUGGGUUCGGAGAUCUUUGACGUGCACAAGCAGUCGCUGAUGCAAGGUGACCACAACCACUUGUUCAUCCGGCAAGGCACCGGUCUACAGGGACAGGCUGUCUUCCGCACAAAGCUCAGUUUCAGGCCCCACUCAACAGACAGCUUCACCCAUCGCAAGAUGACCUUGUCGCUCGCUGGCCGCAGCCAAAAGACACAGAAGAUUCGAGUGCUGCCCCAGGUUGGGCAGGACCCAGAGGCACACCGCAGCGAAAUGAUAAAGAAAGAGGAAGAUAAGCUGCGAGCAUCCAUCCGACGAGAAAGCAAGCAGCGGCGGCUACGGGAGAAGUCCCAUUCACGUGGCCUCAGCUCGGCGUAUCUGGAGGCGGACGAGGAUGAUGCAGCCAUUUCCCUGUCGGCCAUCAAGAACAAAUACCGGCGGGGAGGGGCUGCCCUUAAGGAGCGCCCUUCCAUUUACUCUUCUGAUGAAGAUGCAUCCGAUCUGGAAGAACAGCGUGCUCGACGAUUAGAGAAGGCAAAAGCGGGACCAGAUAAUGACGACGAUGACAGCGAUCUGGACUACUUUGACAAGAAGGCAGAGAGCAAGAAAGCAAAGAAGGCCAUUGAAGAGAGUGACGAGGAUGACUAGGCAUCCUCACUUGUUUCAUACUGUACAUACUCGUUUUCAUAGAUAAACACAUUUUUUUUAUUCACUUCUUGCA